CACAGUCAGCCACUACACGGUCGUCAGCGUAGAGUUCACCUUUGAGACAGUUGCUCAAAACAAAGGAAAAAUGGCUGGCUGUGCAGUGCUAAUUUUGUUACUCUUUCUGGGCUCACCCCUGCUGCAUGUUGUCGGCACGCAGUUGGUGGAGCUGCAGCAGAUUAACAGUGGUCCGACAGUGGCUCCAUUGGGCUGCCAUCGACGCGUUUACACUUAUAAAGUGACCCAAUCCGAUUUGCUUGGCCAUGAGUGCUGGGAUUAUGUGAGCGUUUGGUCCUGUUGGGGCCGCUGUGACUCUAGCGAAAUAUCGGAUUGGAAAUUUCCAUACAAACGCUCAUUUCAUCCGGUUUGCGUGCACGCUCAGCGGCAGCCAGCGGAAGCCAUACUCAAGAACUGUCACCCCGAAGCUGAUGAGAGCAUAAGCAAGUAUCACUACAUGGAGGCGGUGAACUGCCACUGCCACACAUGCUCCACACAGGACACCAGCUGCGAGGCGCCAGCUAAUAACGUGUUAGACGAGGGCAGCAAGGCUGUCAAAGUUUUGACACUCACUGGAGCCGACUCCAAGGACUUGGACUAUUAGAUGAAUGUCUAAUUAUAUGUUUUAUGGUUCAAUGUAGUGCAGUGCGGGGACAUCUUUGGUUAACAAUAAAAUAUACUUUACAGCACGUUGCAUUUA